CUUGUGCGUCUUCUGUCUAUGAGCUGUUCCCUGUGCACAUUAGGUUGGGUUUUCUUUGUCUUUCUGGUUUUUUUUUUCUUCUGGUUUCUUCCCCUUUAGGUAUAGCUACAAUGUUUAGAUGGAUGCUUCUAAGGAUGAUGUUAUUGCUCUGGAUGACAAGCGUAACACUUCAGGGUGGCACAGGAUACAAACCUCAAAAUCCAAAUGGUGGUGCAGCACAAAUGUCACCAAAAGAUUAUGGUUUCGGUCCAAAUAGCAACUCGGCAAAUAUGAAAGGAAACGGUUAUCCUGUUAACAAAGGUACAGGUGCAUAUGGGAGUGCACAAAAUAACCCUGGAUACGGAGGUCGUCCUCAGUAUGGUGGAACAGGCAUGGGAAUGAUGAACCAACAUGCACUGAAGCAGAGGGGAGGUUAUGGUAAUGGCUACAGAGCUCCAUCUUAUGGGGGCUACAGCAAUUUGAUGGGUGCUCAUCCCCAAAAAGGAGUUGGUCUAGCUAACAAGGGACAAGAGACAAGGCCAAAGGGACAAGGUUUAAAAUCUGGAGGAUAUGGCAUCGCUGCAGGAUACACCAAUGGUGGGGCAACCAAGGCACAGCAGGGAUAUGGAGGAUAUGCUAAUGUAGCUAAGCAACCUAAUACAGGCUCUUCUCUUCAAAAUAUGGGUUAUCCCAAUGGUGGAACCAAGGGACCUAAACCAGGAUAUGGGGCUAAAGCUGGACCCUCAAAUGGACAAGGAGCCAAGCCUAACGGAUAUGGAGGAUAUGCUAACGGAGGUGCAGCUAAGCAACCUAAUACAGGCUCUUCUCUUCAAAAUAUGGGGUAUCCCAAUGGUGGACCCAAGGGACCUAAGCCAGCAUAUGGUGCUAAAGCUGGAUACUCAAAUGGACAAGGAGCCAUGCCUAACGGCUCUUCUCUUCGAAAUAUGGGGUAUCCCAAUGGAGGAACCAAAGGACCUAAACCAGGAUAUGGUGCUAAAGCUGGACCCUUAAAUGGACAAGAUGCCAAGCCUAAUGGCUCUUUUCUUCAAAAUAUAGGGUAUCCCAAUGGUGGAACCAAGGGCCCUAAACCAGGUAGAUAUGGUGCUAAAGCUGGACCCUCAAAUGGACAAGGAGCCAAGCCUAAUGGAUAUGGAGGUUAUGCUAACGGAGGUGCUGUUAAGCAACCAAAUACAGGCUCUUAUCUUCAAAAUAUGGGGUAUCCCAAUGGGGGAACCAAAGGACCUAAACCAGGAUAUGGAGGUUAUGCUAACGGAGGAGCAGCUAAGCAACCUAACACAGGCUCUUUUCAAAAUAUAGGGUAUCCCAAUGGUGGAACCAAGGGACCAAAACCAGGGUAUGGAGGAUAUGCUAAUGGAGGAGCAGCUAGGCAACCUAAUACAGGCUCUUUUCUUCAAAAUAUGGGUUAUCCCAAUGGUGGAACCAAGGGACCUAAACCAGGAUAUGGUGCUAAAGCUGGACCCUCAAACGGACAAGGAGCCAAGCCUGGUUACGGUGUUCCUGGACAUAUGUCAGAAGGACCUUAUAAAGCAGCUAAUUCAGGAUAUAUGCCUGUAACAGCUGGGAAAGAGGGUGUUGCCAGUGGAAAAGGACCUAAAGGGGAGAUUUUAAGCCCUGAAGCACGAAGUCAUCUCCCACUAACAUCUAACACCAAGGGAGUUUUACCACUAGCUGAGCUUGUGCCAAAUAUAGGAUUGCUUCCUGAACAAACUAAAGACUUUCCACCGGUCCUGCAACAAACGAAAGGACAAAAUCUUAAUGCACCACUUCAACAGGGCAAAGACCCCAACUCUAUGGGACCUCAGCCUGCUCCAAAGCAAUUUAUGCAAGGUCCAGGAUUUUAUAAACCUAGUAAAGCUUAUAAACCACCCACACCUGUAUUUCCACAAAACAAAGCUUCAAAAUCAGGUGCACCAUCAAUCCCUCAAGCAAUCCCUGCACAAGGAUCAGCUCCCAUUCCUCAGACGAGGUCUCCUCAAACAUCACAGACAGCUGCACUAGAGCAGGGACAAGUGCUGUCACAGGAACAAACCGUCACUCCAGUGAUACCACAGCCAAUUAUGCCACAAGGCAGUAUUUCUUCACAGGUGCCUCUGGUGCCAAAUGCGGCUGUUCCUCAAAUAACUCCAGAGAUGCAACAAUCCAAGAUUCAGUCAAACCCAGCUUUGCCUCAAAUGAAGAAUCCAUCGAAAACAAAUCCUGAACUCACUGGUCUAGGACAACCUAAUGGACAGAUGCAGGGAGCUAUACCUUCAAAGCCUGAUUGUGGACCUGGUGGACGACCUAAUGGACAAUGGGUCAAACUUCCAAGUCCUGGGUCAGGGUACCCCAACGGAAAAGGAGAAGUGUCAUCACAACCAGGCUUUGGAGCAGGAAUUGGUGGUUAUCCAGCUCAUGGCAUUAACAAUGGCUACAAAGCAGGUUAUGAAGGAUAUGGAAACAAAUUCAAUAAGCCCGCUGGAUCACAAGGUGGGCAGCCAAUAGGAUUCGGAUCUAAGGGAAAAUCACGAGCAAAAUAUGGAAUUGGUGGACUUCCAUUUGGUUCCCAUAAUGGAUAUCAAACCAACCCCUCUGGACAAUAUGGUAAUGAAGGACAGCGCUAUGGAGCCAAACCCUACAAUCCUCAAGCACUGGGAAAACACGGAUAUGGUAGUUUACCGUACAACUCUCAACCUCUUCUUCCAGAAUCUGUUGCCAAAUCAUCCGGUAAAUAUGACUUUGGAGGGUUACCCUACAAUGGUCAGCCGCUUGGAUAUGGUGGUGACAAGUCGUCUGGAAAAUACGGACAAAAGGGUCUUCAUUAUGGUGGUCAGCCGUUUGAUCUCAGGCCUGAUGCUAUGUCUGUGAAUUAUGGUUCUCCAGAAUCCUUGUAUAAUCCAGAAUCUCUCAGUCUCAGUGGCGAUGCCAAAUCAGCUAAAUAUGGUAAUCCAGCAGUGUCAUAUGAGCUCCUCGGCCCUGUUACUGAUGGCCAGUCUGUUGAAGAAAACAGAAGCCUGGAGGCUUUGCACCAAGGUCCUGAGAUUGAUGGACAUAAAUCCAUCGACCAGUUUGGAGAUGGAGAGGUUCCACCCCAUCCUGAUACUCCAGGAGCUGGAGAGGCGAAUGCACAAUCCAUAAACAAAUACGGAACAGGUGAUUAUACCGAUGGAAGAGUACAACCAGAAGUUGUCUCUUUCCCUGGUGUUCCCACUGUGGGCCCCGCUCCUCACAUCCCUGCUGUCACCUCAUUUGACACCACACUGGAUGGUUCCUCCCUGGCCCCUGUCUCUGUGCCUGAUGUGUCUGCUGUUUCUGAGGUGCCCGUCUCAGCCACAUUUCCUCAGCCUGAGCUGCCCACUCUAAAGCAGCAGCCAGCCCCACCACAACAGAUUCACAUCCAGCAGCACCUCAAGUUCCACUUCCAGCCACAGGGCAACUCCCAGACAGGAAAGGAAGGCAAAUACAAAUUGAAUGGUUUCUUUGGAAAUAAAUACCAAGGAUAAUUUGGAAGUGGAAGCACAUAUUGCAAAAAUGUGGAUCUUCAAUUGAUUUCUCUUUACACUUAAUGUUUCUGUGAAUGUUGUAAAUUUUCUUUGGUUUUAUUUCAGUCUUUUGUUCUCCUUAACUUCUAGUUUUGUUUUUUAAUAUUUGUUACCUUGCUUGAAAUUAAAAAGCUGGCUGUUAAAAUACAUUUUAGUUUAUAAAUCAUUAUAGCUUAUACAUCUUUCUUUCUUUUCAUUGUUCGUUUAAAUCCCAUAUUUGUCCAUAAUUGUGGAAUACAAAAAUGUAUUUUAUGUCAUUUUCAUUUCAAUGUAGAUGUGUUAUUUUGUUUUUAGAACUCAUUGUUAUUUAUUUCUUUUCAUUUCCUGUGGCAAUACUAUGUA